GUUUGACCUUCAAGUGCUCGCAACUUCCGUCAAUGGACGAUACCAUUGAAGCGUUGCUAACAUGCUGCUGUAACACGUUACUUUAUGAACUUUUUAGACUACUGUAAAAUAUCUAUGGUGUUAAUUAGUAUUUAUAUCCGAAGUGCUGUAUCUGGUUAGAAUACUACUUUUGUUCAUGUUAAGUUCUUAAAGUUGCUUUUUGGUACACCAAUCAUUGCUCGUCCCCGAGCUCCCGAUUUCAGGGAAAAUUUGGCACAUUUUGAGGAAAUUUUGGGGUUUUUGUGCUAUUUCACUUUGGGGAUUUCUCCAAAAUUGCCCGAAAUUUCACCAAAGUUGGGAGCUUGGGAAUCUCCCCAUUUCGGGGGAAUGUUGGAGAAAUCCCCAGAAUUUUGUGCCACUUCUCCAGAAUUUUUUAUAGCGGCUUCCCAAAAAUGAACAAAAUCUUCCCCGAAACAGGGAGCUUGGGGUAUUAGUGGUUCUCAUUGUUGGUUAGUACCAACAAUAUAAUCAACAACCAUAUAUGGGAUCUUGAGGAAAAGUGAUAAAGAAAUGUUUGCUAUUUUCCAUAGACCAAUGACACAAUCAUCCACAUCAAUAAGUAUGCAAACACUAACGUCAUUUGACAUUAGGAUUGCAAUCAAAAGUGUUCUGAAACGAGACUUGACAUCAUGGGGGUAAGCCGUUGAACUUUUGCAGAAAGUUAGCUUAUGUAUUUCAUAAUACUCAUAGUUAACUUCCACACAUUAUAUAGUAGGGAAGUGAAAAUUAAGUAGAGAUAAACCAGAUGUACGUUACCAUUGGGUAGUGAUGUGUUAAAAGACACUACUUCUAUCUAACCCAUUUCAGUUGUCAGAAACGGAUCCCUACUACUUUAGUUUCUGUAUGAGUGUAUGUGACUGUGAUGAAAAUGGAGCCGAGUUUCAGUCUGUUCUACUGACUUUUUUGUCUUCAUUGAACAGUCAUUGAAAUGAAUAUCGGAGCGACAUUCUGAGUCACUUUUAUCUAAUAUAAUAUUUAGUUGGUCAAUGAGUUAACUUCGUGGUGUAUUCUAUUCAAUUUUUCAGGUUCUGAAUAGUUUGUGUGUUGAAUAGUUAUUCGAGUAGAUGGUUUCAAGCAAGCUGAAUGUGUUUUGUGAGUGUCAUAUCCAUAUAGUAUUAGGAUAUUUAUGGCGAUAACUGUAUAUGCGUUUGUUAAAUAUGCUGUUUUUCUUAUGCUCUCGCGUGUACACUUGUGUGAAACACUUGUUUUGUACUGUCAUUUCUACACAUAAAAAUUAAAUGCCAACAUCGUUUUUAUUCUUUGUAAGGACCAGUUUACUUUAUUUAUUGUUUUUGGGAUUAGUUUUCUCGACCUUUACUCCGAACGGCUGCUGGUAAUCAUUCCCGAUGUUUUGCAUCUACUCGUUCUGAGAAGCCUUUUUUUAUUACAUGUCCAAUAUUUUACGUCAAUGCAAAACCUCAUUUGGGUCAUGCAUAUACCACAUGUUUAGCUGACGCUUGGGCAAGAUAUAGUUGUUUGCGUAAUCAGUCAAUACUGAAACCUUUCCAACAAGAUUAUAUUGCAUUCACUUAUUCUCCUGUGUUUGAUUACUGCAAUCUCAAUAAAACGUUCUUGUCUUGUGGGACUGAUGAACAUGGAUCUAAAGUUCGCCGGGCUGCAACUGUCAAUAAUCUUGAUCCAUUGCAGUAUUGUGAUCGAAUGAGUCCUUUGUUUGAGACUCUUUGUCAUGCUACUCAUGUAAAAUACAAUGAUUUCAUCCGUACUACUGAAACUAGGCAUGUGAAAGUUGUUCAUGAAUUUUGGAAGCGUUUAAACGCCAGUGGUAAUAUUUAUCGAAGCAAAUAUUCUGGUUGGUAUUGUAUUUCAGACGAAGCAUUUUAUGCGCCAUGGGAAAUUGAUGAAACCAGUUCAUCAGGAGUACCUCUGUCAAAAGAAACUGGUAAUCCAGUGGAAUGGAUUGAAGAAGAGAAUUACAUGUUUAAACUGUCUUCAUUUAAAAAUGAUUUACACAAAUGGCUAGAUUCAGGAGUAUUUCCUAAGUCAUCCAAUCAAUCAGUUUGGAGUGAUAUAGCACAUAAUAUGGUGGAUACUUCUCAAGAUAUAUCUAUUUCAAGAUCAAAAAGUCGUUCAGAUUGGGGUAUACAUGUUCCUGGUGAUAAUGAACAAAUUAUUUACGUAUGGUUCGAUGCUCUGAUUAACUACUUAACAGUUGCAGGCUUCCCAUGGUCAAAUGUUAAUGAUGGUAGUUUUAAGCAGUCUCUCUGGCCACCAGAUGUACAAUUUUUGGGAAAAGAUAUAAUACGAUUCCAUGCAGUUCUCUGGCCUGCUUUAUUAAUGGCUGUCAAUCUGCCGUUGCCGCGACGUCUAAUCUGUCACCAUCAUGUACUUGUGGAUAAUGUUAAGAUGUCUAAAAGUAGAGGUAAUCAAAUCGAUCCGAUUGUUGAACAGUCUGCUUUAUUGUCGGACGAAUUAAACAACAAUGUUAUAACACCUUCUGAAUCAGAUCUUCUUCGUUAUGUUUUGCUUCGCCUUCCUUUGCUAACAUUUGAUGGCACUUAUAGUCGUGAAAUGGCUCGUAAAAUGAUUAACACAGAACUUGUUAAUUGGAUUGGAAAUUUGCUUUCUCGUAUCACAUCUGAAUCUCUUAACCCUGAACAGUCUAUAAUUCAGAUUAAUCGUAAACAGGUUGAUGAUAUGUUUCACGAUGAUAAUUCGGAUAUGGAAUUUUUUGACAAUCUAGAUAAUAUCUCUCAUCAUUUUGACAAAUUUUGGUGGUAUGAAGCUCAACCUCACAGGGCUAUCGAGGAAGUUUUACGCAUUAUUCGACAAACUAAUACGUUUAUUACUCGUCACAGUCCAUGGACCGAAAAAGAAUUAUUAAGAAAGCAAUUUAUAUUAUCAGUAGUAUCUGAAUCAUUAAGAAUAUGUGCAUUACUUCUACAACCAGUUAUUCCAAAUUUAUCAAUUCGAUUGUUACAUCGACUUGGUAUAUAUUAUGAAGGAAAAAAAGAACAAAACCAAUCGAAUAUCAGUAAUCAAGCACGUGUUCUAGGUGAAAAUUCUGGAAAAUUUCUCCGUAAAAUUGAAUAGUUUCAUUAACAAUAAUAAAUUACCCUUUUUUUUCUAUGUAAAUUCUAAUCUUAGUGUCAAACAGUAUCCUUUAGGGGAUUGUUUGUUCCCUCAUCGUAAUGUAUAUAGACAGUGUUAUUCUGAUAUAAUAUUCACUCGGUUUUUGUAUGAAAA